AUGAAGCCUCUCUUUCUCCUGUACCUACUGUGCUUUUGUACUCCUGCCAUCUUCAGUUUAAAAGCUGAGGGAAAUCGACUCGACAAGUUUGGACAAAAACUACGCGAAAAAGCAACGAGCUUCCGUAAGCAGAAGCCGACAGGGAACGAAGACUAUGCAGCUAAAAUCAUCAGCAAACCAAACAUGAAAGUCGGCUCAAAACCCCCAGUUUGCAGUAGAGAGAACCGUAAAUGUGGGCCGUGCAGGCCGGUUCUCAUCAAGGUACCCAUGAAAGUACCAGCGUUUUCAGUCAAAGAUUACUACCCGGAAAUCUGGACAUGUGUGUGUGAUUGCGUGUGA